GCCAGCAGCCUUCUCCGGCACGGCAACACCUCCCUCUCCAUGGACCACCACGACGCUCCCGACGUGGGCACCAAUGGCAGCGACCUUCCGCCUCUCAGGGCCCACCGUCAAUCUCGGAGCGAAGUCCCCUUCGCCUUCCUGCCUCCUCUGCCCCUUUGGCCAUCAGACGGCGCCGGAGUCAAGAUGGAGAGCCACGAUGGGGUCGCCGGCGAUGAUUUGUUCGACGCCUUCAUGGACUUGGACGGCUUCGACAUGCUCAAUUCCUCCGAGGACAACCACAGAAGAGACAGCGGGUCCAGGAUGAACGGCACAGAGAACGAGGCGGAGAGUAACACUUCCUUGGGGGCGGCGAAGCAGGGUUGGGCCGACCGCCCCGGCCUGGUUACGGUGGCUUCCAGGCAUUGCAGAAGCCUUUCCAUGGACAGCUGCACGGGGAGGUUUCACUUCGAGGAGGAACCAUCGAAGCUACAACGACCGUGUCGCGGAUUUCGAGCAGAAUCGAGCGCCAGAGUCGAUUGCCCAGACACGGAGCCUAACACCUUCAUCUUGGAGUUCGGUAAUGGCCAAUUCACGGCGGCCGAGAUGAAGAAAAUCAUGGAGGAUCAGAAACUCGUGGAGCUGGCCAUGGCGGAUCCCAAACGCGUUAAAAGGAUACUAGCGAAUCGACAAUCUGCUGCUCGAUCGAAGGAGCGAAAGAUGAGGUACAUUGCGGAAUUAGAACACAAAGUUCAGGCGCUGCAGUCAGAAACCACCACUUUGUCACUACAACUGACAUUGUUGCAAAGAGACUCGACAGGACUUAUCAAUAAGAACAAUGAGCUUAAGUUUCGACUUCAAGCAAUGGAGCAGCAAGCACAACUUAGAGAUGCAUUUAAUGAGGCAUUGAAUAUAGAAGUUCAACGACUGAAACUCGCUUCUAGUGGACUCGUAGAUGCUCAUGAUUUAUCUGGUUCCAAUCAUCAGCCACCAUUUAAUGCCCAAGCAAUGGAUUUCAGAGAAGAGCAAUAGCUCUAUAGAGGAGGAGGGAGGGUGAUGCCAUGUAUAGU